AUGCCACCCAGGGCGGGAAAAGGGGCGCGCGGGAGGGGCGGGGGCCGGCCGCCGCGCGCAGGGCCCGGCCCUCCCGCCUUUGACUCAAUUAAUUGGGCUCCGAGCUUCCGCCGGGGAGGGGACGCUGCAGGGGACGGGGGCCGACCGAGAUCAAGGGGCGAGACCGCCAGCCCGGGCUCGGGGCUUGGGAGGGGGCGGUGGCACCACCCCCACACCCCCACCGGGCCCCGCACCGCCUUGCCGCCGCCCCACUGCCUGGGGCCUGGAGGAGGCAGUGAACUUGGCUGCCCCCUCGAAAUUCCCUACCCCCAGCACACACUUCGGCGCGCGGAUCCGGUACCCGGGCUGGGGGUGGGCGCGCGCCCCCCCGCCCCACCACCCCCGCCUCGGCGUGUUCGCGCCUGGGUGGUUCCCUUGGUGCCCGGCCGCGGCUUGUUUACGAGCAUCCCAUUAGUCACCGGUGAGCUCGGGAUCGAUAGCAGCUUCGAGCCCCUUCCUGGAAAGGGAGCCGGGGUCGGCAAGGGGCGCGGAUGGGGCGCCCCCAACCCCGGGCCGCGCGGGCCCCAGGCGCUCCCGGGGUCCCACCCGCUCAGAGCUGCCCUUCCCCCGCACCCGAUCGUGGGCCCUUUCCGGGGCGUCAUCAGCGCCAUUCACUUGUCAGGUUCUCGGGAAGUUGAAAUCGUCUGUUUGGAUGUAACAGGAGAAAGGGGAGGACUAGCGGGCGGAGAAGACUGCAGUUUUCAUCGUGCCGGGAAGAGGGCGGGCUCCGGCGAGCCGAGCCGGGUCCCUGCGGCCGCGGCCCGCCCCCCGCCGGCCCCCGGCCCCGCGCGCAGAGGCGCGGGAGUGGGCGUCUCCGGACCUGCGCGCCCGCAGCGGGUGCCGCGUGAAAGAUGCCCUUGGAUGCUUUAG